CGUAGCAGAAGCAGCUAGAGCUAGGACUAGGCCCCCUCUAUAUAUUUCUUCUGGAGGUUAGGUAUUUGUCGACAGGCCUCACUCUCUCACCUCGUCUCCUCACUUUUCUGUGGCUCUCUGCGUCUCUCAGUGAGGUGCAAUUAGUUCCUUGUAUCAGUGGUUAUGCUGGUUUGAGUUUUGUUUCUGGGAGAUAAACAAAUGACGAAGAAGAAGAACCCCUUUGUUUUCAUGGAUGUGUCCGUCGAUGGUGAUCCUUAUGAAAGAAUGGUUUUUGAGCUUUUCUCUGAUGUUGUUCCCAAGACUGCAGAAAAUUUCCAUGCUCUAUGCACAGGAGAGCAGGGAAUCAGUCCAAAAAGUGGAAAACCACUGCACUACAAAGGGUCCUUUUUCCAUCGUAUUAUAAAAGGUUAUAUAGCACAGGGUGGCGAUUUUGUCAAAAGAGAUGGCACAGCUGGUGAAAGCAUUUAUGGGGAGAAGUUUCCAGAUGAGUCACCUGUGCUAAAACACUCUGGACCUGGCCUUCUAUCUAUGUCUGUUGCUGAUCGUGACUCUUUAGGUUCUCAUUUCAACAUCACUUUUGCAGCUAAUCGUAGUCUUGACAGAAAGCAUAUAGUUUUUGGGAAGCUUGUACAAGGACAUGAGGUCCUCAAAAAGAUUGAAAAUGCGGGCGAUGAAGAUGGGAAACCAACUGUAUUAGUUAAAGUGAUCAAUUGUGGCGAUUAUAAUGAAGACAUAAAGAGAGCAAGUAAAGUGAAAGUUGGGAAGGAUGCUUCUUCAGAAGCUAAUAGUCAUGAAGUGAGGCGAAGGGGAAAACACAAAAAAUCUUCAAAAGAUAGAAGGAAGAGGAGGAGAAGGAGAUAUGAUUCAUCUGAAUCAGACAGUUCCUCAGAUUCCGAAUCUGAAUCAUCCGAGUCAGAUAGUGAGUCUGACUCGGACUUGUCCUCAUCAUCUUAUGCUAGUUCUUCAAGUGAUGACAGGCGUAAGAAAAGAAAGAGGUCUUCUAAAAGAGACAAGCAGAGACGUGGAAAAAGGCGGGAUAAAAGGCGCGACAAAAAGCGAAGGCGUCGUGAUAAGAAAUCUAAGAUCAGAUCAAAAAGGGCAUCGGACGGUCUUACUGAUUCUGAGAGUGAAAAUAAAAGUGAAAGUAGCUGUGAAGAUGAUGGCCUGGAUGCCCAAAGGAAGGAUCAAAAGUCUAAGAAGGACAUCUCUGAAAAAUCUGUUGGAAACCAACCACUUCUUGCAGACGAAGGUGAUGCUUCAAUCUACUCUAAAAAGAUGGAGGAAGCAGAAGUGCUUGUGAAAGACGGUGCAUAUCCUAAGGAGAAUGGAGAGCAGCGGAGCAAUGGACUUGCAGGUGCUAAAUAUGACAAAAGUGCAGAUAGACAACCUGACAUAGUUGAUGAUCACCCAGGGAAAUCUAGGAGCCGAAGCUUCAGCCCUAAGAGGGCCAUGAGUAAGAGUAUGAGUAUCAGUCCCAGGAGGAGUCUGACCAAGAGCCCAAGUUUAAGUGGCAAACGGAGUGAGAGCAGGAGUUCGAGUGUUAGUAGAAGCCCUCCUCCCCCUCAGAGGAGCAGGAGCAUCAGCAGGAGUCCUGUUAGAAGCGAUAGCAGUAGAAGCCCAGUCAGAGGUUUCAACAGAAGUCCAAUGAGGGGCUGGAAGGGUAGGAGUCCAGUGAAAGGCCGGUCUCAAAGAAGCAUAAGCAGGAGUCCUGUAAGCAGGAGCCCACCAUAUAGCAGAAGCCCAGUAAAAGUUCAAAGAAGCAUAAGCAGAAGUCCACCAAGAAAAUCAUUGCGCAAGUCAAUUAGUAGAAGCCCUGUUAGAGCUUCAAGAAGCAGAAGUCCAGUCAUAGUUUCUCGAAGGAGAGCAAGCAGAAGCCCUGUAAGGGUCUCCAGAAGCAGAAGCCCAGUUAGAUCUUAUCGAAGGAGUGCAAGCAGAAGCCCUGUAAGAGUUUCAAGAAGCAGAAGCCCAGUUAGAUCUUCUCGAAGGAGUGCAAGCAGAAGCCCUGUAAGAGUUUCAAGAAGCAGAAGCCCAGUUAGAUCUUCUCGAAGGAGUGCAAGUAGAAGUUCAGGUAGGGUUCCUUCUAGGAAAACUGCUAGCCGCAGUCCGUUGAGGGUCCCUAGCAGGAAUAACCGUCGCAGCUAUUCAAGGAGUCCUAGCCCAGUAGCGCGUAGGGUAAGGUCGCCUAUGUCACCAGAUCGGGGUAGGAGCUUGUCAAGAAGUGCUUCACCUGAUGGCUCACCAAAGCGCAUUAGAAGAGGGCGGGGUUUCAGUCAGCGGUACUCUUAUGCACGGAGGUACAGAACCCCUUCUUUGUCUCCUGUGAGAUCUUAUCGUUAUGGUGGUGGUCGAAGUGAUCGUGACAGAUAUUCGAGUUAUAGAAGGUCCAGGUACUCUCCGAGGCGCUAUAGAAGCCCACCAAGAAGAACACCUCCUAGGUACAGAAGCAGAAGAAGCAGAAGUCCUGUAUCACGUAGCCCCCGUUAUCGCGGCCGAAACUAUAGUCGGAGCCGUAGCCCUGUCCGAAGUCGUAGCCCCAUCCAAAGCCGCAGUCGUUCUCCAGUGGAAGUGUCUAGAUCACGUGUCUCUCCUCGGGUUGAGAGGGCAAGAUCUCCAUCCAGAAGCAGGAGCCCAUCAAGAUCAAGAUCAAGGUCCUCUCUGGAUUCCAAAUCUCCAAUUCGGAGCGGAAAAAGCAGGUCUAGGUCAUCAUCAGGAAGCCCAAUAGGGAAGAAGGGGUUGGUUUCGUACGAUGAUGUUUCCCCUUAGCCGAGUUGAAGGGAGAUGUUUUGUUCCACUUUUGGUGGAUCAGACUAGCUUAGAUUAUAAAUAAUUGGAUUGUUCAAGGAUAUGUAUGUUGAGAAAUAAGUAUUGCUUGGGGUACUAUGAGUUUUAGGCACGCGAUCUCGUUGAUGCGGUUUUAUUGUAUGCGGAUUUUACCCAUGAGGAUUUGUGGAUCUUGUGCUGCUAGAUGGUCA